UCAUAUAAUAUUAAUUCAGAAAACAAACACCAAAACAGCUUGUAAUUGUUACAUUCAACUAGCUAAUAGGUACACAUUACCUUAUACAAUACUUGUCAUGUACCACAAGAAAUACCUAUACCUUCUAAUGUACAACUAGACUAGCAUGAUGUACUUCCUUCAAAAGCAACCUAAAAGGUCACCUAAAGAUAACAAGUAGCAACACCUUCAAUAUUCUUUACUUUCUACCACCACAACACCUCCACUAACCAUCCCUUUCAUCUUCGGCCACCCUCAAAAUAAAAACCCCACCACCACAUUACCCUCUUUUCACCAAUUUUUAAAACUAACCCCCAAUCUCUUCCCACUUCCCACCACCACCAUGAACACCCCACACCACCAAAUCAACAUCCAUCACACCCCAGAUGCCCGCCACAAUCCCAUUGGUCGUCUACCGGAUGACCGUCAUAAUCCUGGCGACCGUCUACGAGAUGGCCGCCAUAAUCCUGACAGUCGUAUAGAUGGCCGCCAUAAUCCUGGCGAACAUUUAGUAAAUGUCUGUCAUAAUCCUGAUGACCAUAUAGACGAUGGUCAUCAGGUAAUAACAGGGAAUCAUAAUGCCCUUUACAACAAACACCAUGUGAAAGAAAGUCUAACCACUCGCAUAACAAAGCUAAUAUGCGGGAUUUUUCUUGGUAUUUUGUUCACGGUUGGCCUAGCAACGUUCAUUUUAUGGCUAAGUUUGCGUCCACAUCGUCCUAGGUUCUAUAUACAAGAAUUCUCCAUCUCUAAUUUAGCUGACCCUAACGGAUUUUCAACUGCCCGGAUAACAUUCAACGUGACUGCCCGAAACCUGAAUCUUGAUAUAGGCAUCUACUACGACACAAUGAAUCUAACAAUCUAUCAUCAAGAUCAAACAAUCGCAGAAUCACCAAUACUGUUUCCAUUCUAUCAAUCACCCAAGAGCGCACACUUAAUCUAUGGCACAUUGUCAGGACCCACAUUAAGGAUUGACCGGGUCCGUUGGGGGCAACUUUUUGAUGCCCGAAAACGUGGGGUAGUUCCGUUUAGGGUUGACGUGGCAUCAUCGAUUCGGUUUAAGGUGUCGACGUGGGGCAGCAGGCAUCAUAAGAUGCAUGCCAAUUGUGAAAUUGGGGUUGGGUCAAAUGGGGUGAUAUUACGAAGCGAUGAGAAAAAGAGAUGUCCAGUUUAUUUUACUUAAUGAUGUUAGUUUUCUCCGUGUGUAUGUACUUUGUGCAUGAAUGAUUGUACUUUAUGUGAUGGAUUUGCAACUUCUAAACGAAGCAAGAUGUCAAAAAGACAAGUUUACAACUAAGCAAAUACAGAGAAGAGUUUUCCAAUGUCCAAAGGUUAACUUUCCAUCAAAGAGACAACAAGAAAGUGCCCCAUAAAGCUAAAAAGAAGAUUCAUUUCAACAAAAAGACUAUUUCUUAAGAACAUAAAUUUGA